AAGCCCUAAAAACAUUUGGCGGAAUAUAAAACGUUUACCAAGCAUCGUGCUUCGUCUUCUCUCUCGAUCUCUCCUCCUCCGCCGCACAGAUCCAGGACAGGACAGGACAGGACAGUUGUCUAUCUCUAUCUCUAUCUCUCUGCGAAAAUGGUGACGGCCAAGAAAACGAAGAAGUCACACGAGGGCAUCAACAGUAGGUUGGCUCUUGUGAUGAAGAGUGGUAAAUACACUCUUGGUUACAAGUCCGUCCUCAAGUCUCUCCGUGGCUCCAAAGGGAAGCUAAUUCUCAUCUCCUCGAAUUGCCCACCGUUGAGGAGAUCGGAGAUUGAGUACUACGCAAUGCUCGCCAAAGUUGGUGUUCACCACUACAAUGGAAACAACGUUGAUUUGGGAACAGCUUGUGGGAAGUACUUCCGUGUUUCUUGUCUGAGCAUCGUUGAUCCUGGUGAUUCUGACAUCAUCAAGAGCAUUCCUGGUGACCAGUGAUACCAUUUUCGAUUUUGUUUUCCCCUUACUUCCAUGGAUAUUCUCAAAUUUUAUGAGCAAAAGAUAUUGUGUUUGGUGUUUUAUUACUUUUACAUUAUGAACCGGAUAGGAAAAUAUAAAUUUUUUUUGACA